AUGGGGCCCUUCCCUCACAUUGUGGCUGUGCUGAUAGGGGGGACGCUGCUCGCCGCCGACUGUGCAGCCGCGAGUGAGGAGAAAAAAAGUUCAGUGCAGAGCGAUUCGGCGCCGCUGCAGGAAGCGGAAAUGAAUGUCGAGUCGUAUGUUCAAGAUCAUCCAGCAUCUCUUUCAAGCAGUCCAUUAAGCCUCCAGGACAGAUCGCGAACCGCUAACGAUGAUAGCAUUAUUGUGCAAACGGUGAUGUCGACGAGCCAGGAAGAAACAAGGAAUCUGGGGAAAAAGAAAAACCUCUUCAGGAAGGACCCGGAACCUGUUCACCUGGUGCCCAUCUAUUCUUCCAUACUGGGCGACAAGUACAUAUCGCCAUAUGAGCCUCCAAUUCCUGUGCAACUUCCAUUCACAGGCAUUGUGGUGCCAGACAUCGCAGACCUAACCCCAAAAGGCACGCGUCCUGCGUCUGUAUUUCCUCGUUCCAAAUCUGCACCUCACCACAAAGCGCGACGGCUGCAGCUCAAACUCCGACCGAGACGAAAGGACCCGUGGGACAUGGGCGUGCCGCAACCAAGCGGAGGCCAGUAUUCCAGACGUUAUUAUGACUACGAAGAGAAUAAAUACAAACCAAACUUGUGGGUUUCGCAAGCCAGGAAACUCAAAGAAAGCGACCCACCCUUCGCCGUCCAAGACGCUCUCUUACCGCGAGGCCUUCUCAAAGACAGAUACACUGCCGAUAUCAAUCCCUGGGCAGUACGAGCGAGAGCGCAGCCUUCUAUGGUGUUCUACUACCCGCAGAGUGCAACACGUCUCAUGCCGGAGCUCCCUGAGGGACAUGGCAUAGAGGGUAUUCACGCGGGUGAUUUGCCAGCGUUGCCUCCUCCCCCUCCCUGUAUAGGCCUCGGAUGCGUCCGGCGCCUCGGCCCAAAGGAGAAGAAGCCGGGUCUUUUCGCGCCGCGCAUCCCAGUAGUAGUCGUAGAAGUGACCGAAGAAAAGAAGAAUGCCGAGAAGGAGAAAGAACCAAAGGAGAAAAAGGAGAAAGUGUCUAUUUCCCCGCAAAUUAAGUAUAUUCCUCUUUCGAAGGAAUAUAUUCCUUUAUUGGCUUGGCCGGUUCGGCAUCAAUUUCCUGCUGGCUCGAAAUAUACAGACCAUGUCGGAUCGCAAGCACUUCCUCAUCCUUCGCACACUACAGGCUACAGUGACCAGCAUUAUCAUCAUCAAGGCGAGGCGGGGAGCGGGUUCCCAGCACGUCCAGCCAAUCCGUACAUUCCAGCCACAGGACCGUCCGACUCAGGAUCACACGUGCCACAAGGCCCCUCAGAGUACACACAGUCUUGGGGAAGUCAUUCUCAGCUUCCACCAGGUGCAGCUACUCACGGUGCACCAGGUGCUUCCACGUUGUAG